CGUCCAAAACCAAAAGCAUCAACAAAAUAAAUGGAAAGGCAAAAAAUCAAAUAAAAAAAUAAAAAAAUAAAAAAAAAACCGAAAGAGCCAGAAACGCAGUUCUUUCUCUGCUGUGCACAUCGAGGAAAAACCAAACGAGCAAAGUGGGAAUUUGGUUCCCGUUCCCAACUCAAUCCGAGUCGGCACUGAUCGGUUGGUCAAUCCCCGAUCUCGUACCCGAUCGUGAAUUUUAAGGGACAGUUAAGUGUGAUUGAUUCGGUAUUUAUUGACAAUCGCUGAAUUUUGAUGAGGGUUUCUGAUUCUGCGGGGUUAGGGUCCUGUUCGGGAGCUUUGAUUUGUGUGUUUUGGUUGGUUUUUCGUGGGAUUCGGUGAUGUUGGACUUCAGGGAAGGAGGGUGUGUGAGGGGGUUAGGGUUUUGGGGUUAGAACUAGGGUUCGGGUUAGGGUUAGUGUGUGGGCGGGAUGGUGGAUAUGGAAGGGAAUCCCGAGCUCGAGGGCGGCGAGACUCGCUAUUUCAAGGGUGAUGAGAACAAGAACAUUGAUCCUGACAUUGCUCUUUCUUACAUUGAUGAGAAGAUUCAGAAUGUGCUCGGCCAUUUUCAAAAAGAUUUUGAAGGCGGGGUUUCUGCUGAGCACUUGGGGGCAAAAUUUGGUGGCUAUGGCUCGUUUUUACCAGCUUAUGAACGUUCCCCUUCUAUUUGGUCUCGACCGAAAUCUCCACAAAGAAACUACAAUGUUUCCAGAUCUAAUAAUUUACCCAUCGAGGGUGCCUCUCAGAAUUUGAAAGCUCCCCCAAACACAGCCCCACCUUUGAGGCUUGGUAUUACUUCCUGUAGUGCCCAUCAAUUGCAUAAAUCACGCAUUCUUUCCACGGAUGUUUCCCUCAAACAAAGUCAAGUUAGUGAUAUGAGUCCCUUGAAAGAUGAAACUUCCAACAGACCGGGCAAUCCAACUGACCAAAGGCCAUUUAAAGUUCGAAUAAAAAUGGGUUCAGAUAACUCUGGACGUGGGAAUGCAGCAAUUUAUAGUGGGCUUGGACUUGAUUACUCCCCAUCUUCAUCACCAGGGAACAGCCUGGAAGAGAGUGAAGGCGCGUCACCCAUAUCUCAAGGCACCGUUGAUGACUCUCCAGCUAGCAUCAUUCAGGAAAUGACAUCCUUCACCAUCCCUGGUGGGGUACUGAUAUCGCCUCUUCAUGACAGUCUGCUUUGCUUGAUGAGAAAGGAAAAAGUAUUUAGUAUCGGUAAACCCAAACCACCCCUUAAAGGACAUCAAGAACACUCUGCCAUGUUAGUAGAUGAGUCACAUUCAAUCAUGGGCAAUGGGAAAGUGUUUAAGGAAAAGAGAACAAAAUCAAUGAAACGAGACAGGCUGGUAAAAUUGAAGUAUGGGAGUACAGGUUUGGAUGACACAGCAUUAGAAAUGAAGAAAGUAUCAGUAAAUGAAACCAUAGAAGCUAAGGAGCUUUUGUUCGGUGACUCGAAAUGCACUCACGUUUCCAAGUCAGUGAAAGAGGCUGGUGGAGCAUCUGAACUUCUUAGGGAGAGUAACAAGGAUGGUGGGAAAAGUAAAUUACUUGCCUCCGAAUUAGUGAAAGAGGAGUCUUCAGAGUCAAUAUCUGGCCAGGAGCAUGGCAAGAGUCAAAAGCGAAAUCCUAGGAGUAGUUUAGUGGAAAAUGUUUAUGGAAACAGAGUGGUAAAUUACCACAGGGAUGUUUUAAUCGACUGUAAGGAUGUCAGCAGUGGUCAGAAAAUUUCUUCCUCCUCAAAAAGCUGUUCUGAUGAGUCUGAAGGUAAGGAAGAGCCAAAUCCUCAAAAAGAUAAGAUUGGUUGGAAAGCUACACUUCGCGAAGAUGAUGAAGUUAAUCUUCCUUUUAAGACAGAAGAGCUGUCAUUUGAGGGCAAAAAGAAGUCAAAGGGGAUACAGAGUAACGGCAAGCCAGUUACCUUUUCAGUAAACGAAACCUUGAGGCCUGGUGAAAGUGCAGAACCAAGUAAUAAAAAGAGUACUGGUUAUGGUGGUAUUGCCUGUAACAGUAAAGUUCAAAGGCAAACGUCACAGAAGGAUUAUAAGGGCAAAGAUAGUCGUAACGAUUCAUUGUCGUUAACAAAUUUAAAGGAGAAGGAUAAUCGAAUGGAUCCAGUGGAGAGGCCUGGUGGUGACAGACAAAAAGAUGUUAACCUUGGUGCUUUUGAAUUGCAACGGAAUGUGUUCUUGGAUAAAGGAAAGGGAAGAUCAAGUGGUAAGAAAAUUGAUAAGCAAUCAAUAAUAUAUGGGCCAUCUAUAAAAGAUGCUUCAACUGCAUGUCCUAUUACAGAAAAUGGACUCACUUCUGAGAUGGUACCACCAAUGGCAGUGCCAGUAGUUAUAGAAGAAGAUUGGGUACAGUGUGACAGAUGUCAGAAGUGGCGGCUUUUACCCUUUGGUACAAAGCCAGACCAACUACCUGAUAAAUGGUUGUGUAGCAUGCUAAAUUGGCUGCAUGGUAUGAACCACUGUGACAUUAGUGAGGAAGAGACAACGAAAGCCCUCAAUGCAUUGUAUCAAUUACCAGUUCCUGAGAGUCAGACCAAAUUACAAAAUCAUGCCACCGGAACUACAUUGGGAGUGUCCUUGGGUGAUAAGCAACAUCUUGAUGAGAAUAACCAGAAUUUGAGUUCCCAUGGCAUCUCUAACCGAGGAAAGAAAAAACCUGGUUUUAAGGAAAAAGCAAAUGCAGGAACCAUUGGUGGCCCCUUUCAAGUCUCUAACUCCACAAAGAAUAAGCUACAAGAAUCAGAGAAAAGCAGGAGCUUAAAUGACACAAACCAGCAUCUUGCAGAAGCAAAUCCAAUGAAAAAAUCUAGUUCUCAACAUUUGAAUGUGUUGCGCAACUUGAUUGCAGAAAAAGACAUGCCUAGUCAGAGAGAAAAACCAAUUAAUGAAGGAGGUGAUGUGAGACAAAUAAAAAUGAAAAGCAAGAGGGAGGCUGAUGAAUAUGGAUGUGGAACUUCUAAGAAGUCCAAAACUGAGGAUAUGCAUGCUGAUAAACACAAGACUCUCAAAAUGGGCAGUGGGAGGGUGCGUAUCAGUUCAAGUUCUUCCAUGCAAACCAUGGGAAGUGGAAAGGUUAUCCAGAAAUAUGAUGGAUUUUUACCUGAGGGCACAAAGUGUGAUGUCAAUGACAAGGUAGUAGUUUCUGCUAAGAAACUGGGAGACAAAGCGCGGGUAUCAUCUGACGGCGGAUCCCUGGAAAUGAGAAUGUCUAGCAAAAAGGAUGUGUCUUUGAAGAAAAGGAAAUUGAAGGACCAGGAGAUCAGCAAGAAUAAGAUAGAGACAUUUCCUAAUUCUGCACCUGAUCGCAGGGUAUAUGAGAAAGAGGAAAGAAGUGAAAGAGGAUCCAGGAAGGAAAAGAAGUUCAGGUUUUCAAAAACUGAGGUGGAGUCGAGAUCUAAUGAUGCUGCUGAUAAGUCGAACAAAAAAGGUAGGAUGUCAGGAAUCUUCUUGUCAGACAUUAGAGAUCAUCCGGUCAAUGGUAUGGAAGAAGCCAGGAGAAAUGAUAAGGACCAGCAACUCCGAAAACAUAAAAAGAAGAUUGUUUCUGAACGGACAGCGGAUGUUGUUUCAUUGGGGGAUUUGGGAUUCGGACAGGUUUCAAUGGCAGCCAAUUCAAGCUCUUCAAAGGUUUCAGGAUCCAGUAAAACUAGAGCCUACAUUGAAGAAGUGAGAGGUUCUCCAGUGGAGUCAGUUUCUUCUUCUCCUUUGAGGACCUUUAAUUUAGACAAGCUUAAAUCGGCAGGAGGGGACAUUGCAGGGAAAGACGACGCUAUGAAUAGUGUUCUCCCUGUGAUGGGUGAUUUCAGAAGAUGCUCGGAUGGGGAAAGUAAUGCUGAGAUCAAUGCUAAUCACCAAUUAAGUGGUAAAUCAAAUCCUUCCCCUGACACUAGGAACAGCCAUUUGCCUAAUGGUGAUGUUGAUAUGGUAGAGCAAAAUGUUCGGUUCUGCAGUGAUCUGCGUGCUCCAGAACAUAGCUGUGAUGAGGAUAGAGGGAAGAAGCAUUGCCACGACAAGGCAGUUCUGCAGAAAGCUGAGAAGGGUACUGGUUUGCGAUCUAGGGGCAAGAGCAGAAGUUCCAUAGCUGAUUUUGAUGGAGAUAAGAUAAAGAUAUCUGAUCCAGUUAAUGAGUAUACAAAGAAGAGCCAGAGGAUUGAUUCUAAUCACCAAGUUCCUGUUCAUGAAACAACAGCUGAUGUUAAACACAGUUUUCCUAAAAAAACUAGCAUUAAGUUUUGCAAGGAUGAGAAGAAUCAUGCUCGCAAGAGGGAUCCUGUAGGACAAUGGUCAAGUGAGAGUCGAAUGGACACCAAAUUAAAAGAAAAAGAGCCUGACGGUUUAGAUAUGAAACCAGAUGCUCAAUGUAGGAGUAAUGGGAAGCUUGCCCCCCAGCAUGGCUUGAUUCAGGACUUUGAGGGUGAAAAUAAAGCUGAUUUGACACAAAUGGAGCAAAGAGUUGGGAAAUCAAAGUUUUCACUUUCUUUCGGUGAAGGUAAACUAGAAAAAGUAUCCCUAGGUUGUGCACCUGUACCAGGAUCCCAGAAGUUGAAUGGUGCUAUUCACGCACCUGGUGACAUGUCAAAAACAUCAAAAGAUUCCGGGAAGGUUGAUAAUGCCAAUCAAGUUAAUCUUAGUUUGGGAAAUCUUCAGCCUGAUAGGCAAGGGGUCAGAGAUCUCAAAGCCUCAAGUCCCGGGAGACUAAUUUCCUCCAGCCAGACUGCUACAAACACCCUGAAGGAAGCCAAAGAUCUCCGAGACACUGCAGAUCGUCUAAAGAGCUCUUGCUUUGGUUUUGAAAGCAAUGAAGCUUACUUCCAAGCUGGCUUAAAGUUUCUUCACGGAGCUUUACUUCUGGAAACUUGCAAUGGUGAGGGUGGCAGAAAUGAGGAGAUGAAUCCAAUUCAAGCGUAUGGCACUGCGGCUAAACUAUCUGAGCUCUGUGCACUUCAAUAUGAAGCACGCCAAGAGAUGGCUGCUGCUGCUUUGGCCUACAAAUGCUCAGAGGUGGCAUACAUGAAGGUGGUCUAUUGUAAACACUCUAGUUUGAACAGAGACCGGCAUGAAUUGCAAGCAACUUUACAUGUGGUUCCUCAAGGUGAAUCUCCAUCAUCCUCUGCUUCAGAUGUUGAUAACUUAAACAAUCUGGCAACUGUGGAUAAGGGUAAUCUAUCUAAGGGUACUGGUUCUUAUGUUGCUGGAAACCAAAUAAUUGUUGCUCGAAACCGCCCACAGUUUGUUCGACUGCUUGACUUUUUUCCAGUUGUUUCCUUCGGGGUUACUCAUAAAAAGAAAACCAAAAAGUUGGUGGCCACUUAGAAGAAGACGAAGAAGAAGAAGAAGAAGAAGAAGAAGAUAUGGUUAGUGGCCCAAAUGUGGAUUAAUUUCUGUGGCUAAGGUUCGCAAAGUUUCAAUAUUUUAUUGCAAGGUUUGUUUAAUUGUUUUACUAAUGACUACUCAUUUGGAUUGUUCAUUUUACAUCUACUUGUCUGCUUUGUACCUGAAUCUCUGGGUAGUAUUGGAUUCUCUUUUCAACAAUUGAGUUAAUUGAUCUUGGAUGAGGAAGCAAAUUUUGCAGUUCUUGCUAGCAGUUCUGCUGCAUAGACAUGUAAGGGCUCGAGCUAUUGUCUUUCUUUCUUUUUUUUAUUUUUUAUUUUUUGCACAAUAAAUGUGGCAUUUCUCAUAGGGAUUGAAAAAAAAGUAGGCUUAUAUAAGAAGAUUGGAGGUAUUUUUUACCUCAUAGUUUUGUCCUUUUGAGUUGGGAUAUAGUUUGUGAUUUGUGUUCAAUUAUUUCUUCAGGUAUAAUUGAUCUUUGCACAAAGUUGACUAUUUUUCCCCGCUUAAUUAAGUUUUGAUUGAACCGGAUAUUAUGUAGGCGCAACAUUUUAUGUCCUGUGGUGCAUAAGUUUAUAAGCUGUUUUUUGAAGAAAGUUUAUUUGUAGUCGUAAUGGUUGGGGGAAGUUCUUCAGAAAUUUCAGAUUUGAGGUGGGUAGGGGCAACCAGAUCAUUUUUUGGCAUGACUUAUGGUGUGGGGAUGAGGCCUUGAAGAAUGCUUUCCCCUCUCUCUUUAGAAUUGCUUUGGAUAAAGGUGCUUCCAUAGCUGAUUACAUGGACAACACUGCUGGCUUUAUGAGAGACGUCCAAGAUUGGGAGGUGGGGGACAUUACUGAUUUUUACGGCUAGCUCAAUGCUUUAAAUAUAAAAUCUGGAGGGAGAUAGAUUACUUUGGAAUCAGUUUGGUAAUAAGAAAUUCUCAGUUAGAUCUUUGUACAAGGUCUUGGCGUCACAUUCUCAUACUGAUUUUUUUCCUUGGAAAAAUAUUUGGGGAUGCAAAGUGCCUCUCAAGGUGGCUUUCUUUGGGUGGUUGGCUUCUCACUGAAAAAUUCUUACUAUUGAUAAGCUGAAAAAGCGCGAUAUCGUUGCAAUGGAUUGAUGCUUUAUAUGCAAAAGGUGUGGAGAAUCUGCGGAUCACCUUUUUCUCCAUUGUGAUGUAUCGAAGGCUUUGUGGGACGAGGUCUUUGCUAAGCUUGGAAUUGCUUGGGUGAUGCCCAAGA